AUAAUGAACGAUAGCAGGCUAUAUUGCUGUUUAAAAUAAAUAAAUAUAUUUUAAAUCAAAUCAAAUUUAAGGUUGUGAAAAGAUUUCUUUAGUGAACACACGGGAAAUUCAGUGAAAAGUGCAUUUUUUUGAGUUUUUUCAGUGUUUUCAGUGAAGUGACGUAGUGUGUGAAAAUGAUGAUAAAUAUUAGGCCGUGACGAAAACACAGUUUUUCUUUGUGAAAAAUGUUUAUAAUAAUACAAAAUGACUAAUGGACUGUUAGUGCCGUUCUUGCUAUGGAUGCUAGCAUGCCUCUCCGGGGUGGCGUGUUCCAUCAAACGGAACCAGUGCCUCACCGGAGUCAUGACGGAUGUGCAGAACUGGGUCACGGAGACGGGGGAGCUGACCAGCUCAGUAGACAUCAAGAAGUCCAUGGACCUAUCAGCGGUACAGAAUCCAACGCUGACUCUGCAGCAGCAGCUGGCGGUCGUGACUCGUGACAGGAAGGAGCACGUCACGUACCUGAGCCUCGCUAGGAACAGCCUGACCAGGGUUCCUCCGGUCUUCAACGGUGUUCUGGACAGCUACGGGUGGGAUCUGGCGAAGUCACUUGAGUACCUCACUCUCUAUGGGAAUCGGUUCAUCGAAGUCAGCUCUCCGGGAGAACAGUACGAUGUGUCACUCAACGCAACUGGUGCCACCGAGAUCAACACUGGCAUGAUACAUAGAGGAGCAAUUCGAGCGAUGUGGGCAGCUGGCUUCCAAUGGGUGACCUUCACCAGCCUAAGAGAACUCGACCUUAGAUCCUGCGGAAUAGAAACGUUGGACUCCUUCAUCUUCCAAAACAUGCCCAUGCUGGAAGCUCUGUACCUAUCAGGGAACAUCAUUACGUAUAUAAACAGCAACUCCUUCGCUGGUCUUACCAAUCUUGUCCACUUGGAUUUAAGCAGAAACCAUGGGCCAGACGAUGAUAAUAUUGUGCACUUGUCCAUAGAAAGCGAUGACGUGUUUGCCAGUUUAGAGAACUUGAGAUCACUGGAUUUAUCACACACAAUGCUAAAUACCAGAAGAAUUUCAGCGCUUAGAAACUUAAGUGAAAGCCUGGAGAGGCUGUCGCUUUGCUUCGUUGGUGCAAUCAGAUUCGACUCUGGUUUUUUCGCGAACACAUCCUUGAGGUACUUAGAUCUGUCAGGAAAUUUCGCCGUUCUAGAAAACGCUGGUGUUUUGCAAGGAUUAGAAAAUCGGCUGCAAGUUCUCUACGCAAGCGACAUAGGCUUGAAAAGCUUUGAUGUUUUCAAUCGCUUUCGACGACUUGAGAUACUAAAAUUGACUAAUAACGAAAUAUCUGACAUGCAACAAACGACUGCAAGAUCAUUAGUGGACUUACAAGCUUUAGAUUUGAGAAGGAAUAGACUGACGAACUGGCAACGGCCGUUGUUCUCUUUGAUGCCGUCUCUAAGGUUCUUAGACUUGAGAAGUAACACAGUCAAUGUGAUCACCGAAGACAUGAUCCGAGACUUGGGCCGUAUAUCCUUUUUGGCGUUAUCAGAUAACCCUAUGGUUUGCAACUGUCAUUCCAAGGAGUUUAUAGAGUUGGCAGCGCAGAACGAGGCUUAUUCUGUGAAGACGCUUCUACGCCCAAUGCAUGCCAGUCACAGAGAGACGUUAGACAAAUUCGGCUUCCAUUUAGGGUUUGUAGAAGUGAACGACAUCAUUUCUAGCAGAAUAAACAUUUCAAUAUCAGUGGAGAGUCUCCCAGAGAUUGCGGUCAAGGGAAAUUUUGUCUUAGUCGAUUAUGAUAAGGAUUCUUAUUCAUGUUUGGCAUUAUCUAAAAGCGUUACCGUGCCAUUUGGAGAGGGAAGUGGUUGCAAAGAGCUGAGGUCAGAUUUCGAGGCGCAAUUGGAGUCAGGGAGAGCUCAUUUGCUUGCGCUGUUGGCUAUACCUGGAGUUCUAUUGCCUGCAUUGAUUAUAGGCUAUACUUAUAGAAGAAAUUUAAGAUACUGCUAUGUGACCAUGAGGAAUUCGGCGAUGUUGAGCAUGGUGAACGAACAGAAGAUAAUAAGUGACGAUACUAUAUUCAACUACGACGUCUUUGUGUCAUACUGCAACGAAGACAGACCGUGGGUGCUAGAUCAACUCCUGAGCCACCUAGAAAAUGAUUGCAGCGUCAGCUUGUGUCUCCAUGAGAGAGACUUUCAGGUGGGCCUGUCGAUCCUGGAGAACAUAGUGUCGUGCAUGGACCGCUCCAAAGCCAUCAUGCUGGUCAUCUCCAAGCAGUUCCUGCUAAGCCAAUGGUGCCAGUUCGAGAUGCACUUGGCUCAACACAGACUUCUAGAGACCCGCCGAGAAGAUCUCAUCCUAAUUCUUCUAGAAGACAUCCCCCGCCGUCUCCGACCGAACACAUUACACUACUUGAUGCUGACAAAGACCUACAUAGUCUGGCCGAAGAACAAGUCUGAACAACAACUGUUCUGGAAGAGAUUGAAGAAGAGUGUGGUGACGCAGAGACAGAAGCAUGAGGAUAAGGUUUCUUUGGCGUGAAAUAUGUACCAGAUGUGCCUUUAAGAUCCCAUUAGAUUUACGAUGUUCUUGGUUUCUGAACUCAUCGACGAAACUCACAUUUUCAGAGUUGUGUCUUAGACCUAGCUACCUCCAGUGUCAGGGACGUGCUAAUUUUGGGACACCCUGUAUGUAUAUUAGUAUGGCGACAAUAGCCCAACGGUUUAUUCAUUAAAAUCUGGUUUUUAACCAUGAAAUUGCUGUUUUGUUAUACUAAUUAAAUUAUACUAAAGCCCGGUCUCUGAGCACGUAGAAUUUUGUCCAAUGACCCCAAGCUACCCAUUCUUAUCGCUCGCGCGUAAUUAUGUUGCUGUUGCGCUCGCACACUCACUGCGGGCGCCCGUCGCACAGUCGCGACAGCAAUAUAAUUACUCGCGAGCGAUAAGGAUGGGUAGCUUGGGGUCAAUGGACAAAAUUCUACGUGCUCAGCGACCAGACUAUAGUAAUUAACUAAUUCGAGUACAAAUAUUGUAACUAAGUUAUUGUAUAGAUUUCAAGUAAAACUAUAUUGUUCCUAAAAUAUUUGUGGCUGGUCCAAAUUACAUUUAAAUAAAGGACAUCAUCCAUUUUGGUCCAAAAUCAAAAGUGCCGGCCAAAAAAUAAAAGUGCUGUAUUCUGAUAGAAUACGUCCGCCUUAGCAUUUAUUACUAUGGCACCAAAGCUGUAGCACCACUGUGCAUCGUAGUAUUUGAGUUCUAAAAAUAUAUGAAACGACUGACUUUGAUCUCAAAUACUACGACGCACAGUGGUGCUACGGCUUUGGUGUCAUAGUAACAAAUGCUAAGGCGGACUUAUUCUGUCAGAAUACAGCACUUUUUUUUUUAUUGGCCGACACUUUUGAUUUUGAACAAAAAAUGUAUGAAUAGUCGAUGACUUUUAGAUCUCAAAUACUCGACGCACAGUGGAGCUACGGCUUUGGUGCCAUAGUAACAAAUGCUAAGGCAGACGUAUUCUGUCAGAAUACAGCACUUUUUUUUGUUGGCCGGCACUUUUGAUUUUGGACCAAAAAUAUAUGAAACGUGGAUGAUGUCCUUUGUAAAUACUUUUGAAAUACCUAGUUAGUUAAAAAUAAAUGUAUUUUUGUAAA